GACGUCCAAGCUUCAUUUGACGUUUGUGAUCCGAGGUGAUUAAUUUACAAAACAAUUUGAAUUUUGUUAAAAUUAUCAAUCACAAACGCUGACAAAUACGAAGUAAUUAAAUUACAUCUAGCUGUUAUAUAUUAAACCACAUUUUUGCAGCUAAUUUACAUUAAGACCUUAUCCACGUUACAAUAAAAUGUUACAGAAAGUGUUAUUAUCUACAGACGUAACCUUAGUGUGUGUACAACAUGCACUCUCCACUGAAAAAGAAGAAAUAAUGGGAUUAUUGAUAGGCGAGGUCCACAAUAACAAUUCUUUAGUAUCAAUAGUAUCAUCUGUUAUAUUAAGAAGGCUGGACAAGAAACCAGACAGAGUUGAAAUAUCUGAGGAGCAGCUUGUUCAGGCUACAUUACGAGCGGAGGAAUUAGCUGCAGAAGUGGGGCGGCCAUUGAGGGUAGUGGGCUGGUACCAUUCACAUCCACACAUUACAGUGUGGCCAUCACAUGUUGACCUUGCUACACAGUUUAUGUACCAGAGAAUGGACUCUAGUUUUGUUGGCAUAAUAUUUGCAGUAUUUCUGUCAGAUCAAACAGCAAAGGCACCGUCUAUACAAAUAACUUGUUUUCAAUCUAUCAAUGAAGGUUCCACUCAAAGCAGAAGAGAAAUAGAGUUAGAAAUUACAAAUAACAAUGAUUCUCUCACCAAAAACAACUUUCAGAUCUUAACACAACUGCCAGCUAUUUUAAAAGAAGAGGAAGAUGAAGCAUUUAAAAAUGAAGCUGGUGAAAUUGAAACAGAUGAUAUUAUUAAUAAGCAACACAACUCUGCUGUGAGAACCAUAGCAAUUGGACAUAUUGUAGAAAAGGUCUCUCGUCCUAUGUUAGAAGCACUGGUUGCAAGAAAUGCAUUGAACAGCAUCCGUUUAAGGGCACUAAAAAAGCGACAUCAGGAAUUGAUGGCUAGAUUAGAUAACAUGUCUUGUAAUAUAUAGGUUUAAGUACAUUGAUAUGUCAGCUAAAAUUAAUAAAUGAAAUCAUAAGAUAAAUUAAA